AUGAGAGACAUGGAACAGUAUUCGCGGAUCUCUAACAUUGAAAUUAGCGGAGUUCCUGUGUCCCAGAAUGAAAAUUUGGAGAGUCUGCUGUGUGAUAUUUCCAAGGCCAUCAACGUGGAGCUGAAGGAGGAGAGUGUCGAGGCGGCGCAUAGAGUCCCCAGCUACAACAAGAAGCGAGCUGCCCCCAUCGUCGUCAAGUUCAAGUCCCGACGAGACAAGGAGACGUGGAUCAACGGCUUCAAGGCGACGCGACCCCUGACAGCUGACAAGAUCAACCCGAGGAUGCCGAAGGAGAAGGUGUUCAUCAAUGAGCACCUUUCACCAGCAAACAAGCAACUCCUCUCCAAGACCAAGGAGGCUGCAAGGGACCGCGGCUACAAGUUCGUCUGGACCAAGGACGGGAAGAUCUUCGCACGGAAGGACAGCGGCGAUAGAGUAUUGAAGAUCACUGGUAACAGUGCUCAGCAGUGGAAGUUGAUUAACAGCCUAACUGAUAAGACAGAUAAGCAGCUGAUAACGUGUGUUCAAGACAGUGACGGCAACAAUGUAGAGGAUCCACAACAAUUGGCAAACAUGUUCAAUGAAUACUUCAUAAACGCUCCCUUAUCACUGGUGCCCCACACUGGUGGAGUGGAUGCAUCUGGUUGCGUCUACCAAAUAAACAGCCUGUUCUUAUACCCC